GCAGUUGCAAACAAGCUUCCACAGCAGCUCUUCUCCGAUGAGCUUGUUGAUUUCCUGACUCGUCUAGUACCCACUAUGGCCCCAAGUCACGAGGGCAAGCGACCAAAGUCAGAGUACUUGUUGAACAGAACAGAACCUACCCAACGACGCUCUUCCUUCGAACCCAAGCAGCCGUUCCCGCCUCUCCCCGCGGACGAUUUCGCGACCAAUGGCCUCGAUGUCCAGACCAACAACACACAUCUCGAAAGUAUCGAGACUCGGGACCUACCGUCGCCCUUGCAUGGAGAUAUAGAAGUCGAAGAAGAUGCAGACUUCCAGUCACAGUACUCCUUGGAAGACCAAUCGUUCUCCGACGCAUCCACGGACUCGGAGCAGUCGCCGGAGGAUGGCAUCUCCAUGCACCACCCAUUCCGGCAGUCAUCCGGCUCACUUCACGGUCCGAACGCAUUUGCACCUCCCUUUUACAAUCGUCCUCCAACCCCAUUACCGCCAUCUCCCUCGUUGACCUCGCUCCUGCGUCCGCCUUUCUCCACCACCACUUCGCGACCGACAACCCCCGACAGCUCGGAUGUGGAAACACCAAAUGACACGGAGGCUGCUGUCGCCAAGUCAGCGCGGCGGGCAACCACAGUCCCCCGCGCCAGCCCCAAGGUCCCAACGUACGAAUACUACGGCUUCGUGCUAUAUCUCGCAUCCUCAUUGGCAUUCUUGAUCUACAUUCUCUGGUCCUACCUCCCUUCCCCAUUCCUCCACCAACUCGGCAUAUACUACUACCCCAAUCGAUGGUGGUCGCUAGCCUUUCCUUCCUGGCUCGUCAUGUCGAUCAUUUAUAUCUACGUCGCCCUGGCAUCGUACAACACCGGCUAUCUCACACUGCCCAUGAACAGCGUGGAGAACAUCGUGGACGAGGUGGCCAAUGUGGCAGUCAUCGACGGCAAGGGGCGACGACGGCCCGGUGGCGGGGCCAAGAUGAGGCCUGGAGCGACAUCGUACCAGAUCAUGGGUCCACAAAACCGCAAGAUCAACUGGAAGGAGAUCUGGAGCGAAGGCACGGAUGCUGUGCUGGAUGUGCCGGUGGGUGGUGUCUGUGAGAUUCUGUAUGGGCAGGAGAGGGACGAUGAUGAGCUUUGUGAGGGAAUGGUAGAUUAUUCUUGAGGAAUCGCCUCGUAAAUGACCAAGACUUGACUAAAGGGCAAGGAAUGUGCCUGCUUCUACUUCAACCUGUCGCGGAUGCGGUUCUCCAGGCUCUUAUCGCGGGUGC